GGUCAUUGCUUGCAGGUUGAAGGGUCAUAGUUGAUGCCAUUGAAAGAUUUAACGGUCAUCUUGGGGGAAGGCAAAAAAGUGAAGAGACCGUUGCAAUGGCUGGUUGACCACAACACAAAGAAAGACGUAGAUCUUGUUGUAGAGCAAUCCAUCUUCUUCUUGAUUAUCAUCAAUCUGUCUCCUUGUCUUCUACUACCACUACCUGACUGACUACCUGACUGACUUACCAUACUAAAUUGCUACCAUGACGACAGUCCGUCGUCCUACUCAUCGGUCUAGCAACACGGGGCCCAAGACGCUGUUGAUUACCAUUUUUGUCGUGUUAUUCGUGGGAAUUGUCUACAUUGCACUCCCCAGCGAACCCGACGAAGCGGUGGCAUUAGAUGCCGAUGGCAAGAAUGUGUUUCUAAAGGAAGCUGGAAAACUGCGCAUUUCCGUGGAACACAAAAAGCAACAAUUGCGAGAAGCCUUGGCGGAAUCGUUGGGAAAGCAAGUGUCGCAGCAUUUGCCGACGCGGUUGCGAGAAGCCCGUGACAAGCACGAAAUUGUGGGCGAACGACUCUCCAAAAUCAAAGAUGGCUCCGAGACGGUGCAGGAAUUGCUCUACGGAGAACAACCCGUGGGACAUUCUCCAGGAGAAGAAGAAUACUCGGACAAACCUCCCAUGGCCAUGGACGAGAUUAUUGACUAUCUGACCAACUGGAUCCAUUUGCUACAUGACACACUCAAACAAUACAAAACGGCCAAUUACGAACAAAUCUGGCAGGGAUAUCACGAUCUCACCGUCAAGACACUGUAUCCAUGGGACAGAGAGUAUCUCAAGAGAAUGCCACAACGACGACACGAUGGAUCCAUCUUUCUAUCGGUCGCCACCUAUCGGGACGAAAACUGCAUGAAUACACUCCGCGGAGCAUACGAUAAUGCUGCCAAUCCCGAAAAAUUAUUUGUCGGAUUGGUACAGCAAAAUUGCGAAAAGGAAUGCAAGACGGGAGUAUUGGAAGGUGGGAAGAUUGCAGACGCGGAUCCGGAUCCCGAUUGUCACAAAAUAUACUGCGAGGAACAGCCCGCACGAUGCAAACAGAUUCGAGCGCUGCACAUUGACGAACCAGAGUCGUUGGGGCCGUAUGCGGCCCGAUACUUUGCUUCCAAAUUGUGGGAUGGAGAAGAAUGGUUCAUGCAGAUUGAUGCUCAUAUGACAUUCGGCAAAAACUGGGACGCCAUUUCCAUUGUUGGAUUGAAGAAUGCUCCGUCCAAAAAGCCUGUACUUAGUCAUUAUCCUCCCGGACACACCAUGGAUCUAAAUCUCAUGGCCGACAAACCGGGAAGUCGACUUUGUGGACCCAUCUUUGCUCCUUCGGACCUCGAGUCGCAAAUUGUUCGUCUGGAAGGAAAUGGAAUGUACGAUCAUGUCAAAAUGGAUACUCCUCGUUUCGCACCAUUCACGGCGGCUGGAUACUUUGUGGCACAUUCCUCCUUCCUAAAGGAAGUGCCAUUUGAUCCAUUCUUGCCGUGGAUCUUCAUGGGAGAAGAAAUCAUCAUGAGUACGCGUCUCUGGACGUCUGGAUACGACAUCUUCUCACCUGCUCAGUCGGUGGUGGGACAUAUCUAUGUACGACGUCACAAACCCAAGUUUUGGGAAUCCGUCCAUAGAACAUUCACCAUGGGAGUUCACAAUCCACUGCAAAUGAUGAUCCUGGAUCGAGUCAAGUACCAGUUGGGAUACCCCGAAGCGGCGAGAGAUGUCAUUCCCCUGAAAUCGCUACUUACUGCUGUGGAACAAUACACCAUGGGAACGACUAGGCCACUCGAGCAGUACAUGCGAAUGGUCGGAUUGAACGCCACAACCAAGGAAAUUACGUUCACUGGCUGGUGUGAAAACGGGCAUCCACCUCCCGGAUUUGAAGAAUUCAAUCAUCUCUACAACCUCUAAUUGAUUCAUUCAGUAUGGUAGAAUAAAGAUGACACAGGGCUGGUGCUCCAGGAUGAUAUAGAACAACUAACUGCAUGUACAUACUAGUAUGUAGACCCGAUCAGGGUUUAUUUCUACGGUGUGGGUGGUUCCUCCCUAUUGUACUUUGCUGCUAGCUGGCU